AAUCAUGGCCCCGUGUUGGAUUAGAAAUGUCGUUAUUUUCUCCGUAAUUGCUGUUAAUGUUGCUGGACGUGAGGAAAAUAAAUCUGAGCCAGCGUUGAAUGGAACAGGAAAUAUUCCCAUAAGUUUGGUGGAAUAUCUAACUACAAAGUACGACAAGACAGUCAGGCCAAAUGCUACAUCAGGUAAACCUACUGAGGUUUUCUUAGAUAUUUAUGUGGAGUCGUUUGGAAACAUAAAAGAAGUAAACAUGGAAUUUCCAGGUUUUAUGUAUUUCCGUCAGAUGUGGUUCGAGGAUCGUAUCGCUAAGUUCAUAACCUCUGACAAUCAAGUGCUGCAACGAGACUAUAUUUCUCGCCUAUGGUUACCAGACUCCUACUGCUACAACGCAAAAACCUCGGACCUGAUGCUGCCCGACACUGAGGUUCAUAGCGUCAUCAGAAUCGAUCGGAGAGGCUUCAUUAUGUACAGCAGAAGUACACACAUUAUCGCUUCAUGUGAAAUGGAUUUGCAUGAUUUUCCUAUGGACACACAACAGUGUAAAUUAUCAUUUGGAAGCUAUGGCCAUACAGACGAUGAUAUUCUCUUAAAAUGGAGGAACCCCACGAUUUCAAUUGCUAACAAAGAAAUGGCACAAUUUUCCGUCGGUGACCCGACGUUGUCCACUGAAGUCAACGAGUUUUCCACCGGGAACUUCACAGUGUUAACAGUGACAUUUCCAUUCAAGAGACGCAUGGGUUAUUACAUUAUUCAGGUGUACAUCCCUUGUAUAUUUCUGGUCAUGCUCAGUUGGAUCGUGUUCUGGAUGAGGCCUGAUGACAGCGCUAGUAGACUGACUGUGGGUAUCACCACUAUCCUGACCAUCGUGUUUUUGCUCGGCUAUACCAACGGAAUGCUUCCCAAGGUCAGCUAUGUCAAAGGAAUGGACUGGUACCUGAUGGUGUGUUUCACGAUCAUUUUUCUGAGUCUGUUGGAAUGCAUCGUCGUGGACAGGUUGUGGAGGGCAAAUGCCAGGAAAAUAGAAGACGAGCAAAAAAACAGAAGGACGAGGAAUUCUGGGGACAAGGAACCAAGGAAGAAUUCGGUGAAGGACAAAGGAGGGUUAAACUGCCGUUACGUGUCUGGUGUGCAAAUUCUGAGGCCACGAAAAGCAGAUACUGGCACACAGACAAACAACGAGGGAGGAAAUCGCCUGAAUCACUGGGAAUCAAAUGAACAUAGUGAACUUUUUCAUAUGAUAAGAGAUGAAUACAGGCACUUGAGUCUUGGGGAGAUGCGCCCGCCUUUGCCCGACGAAGCUUGGGUCGAAAUGGAUAAGGAAAACACACAGGCGCAUUACGACACAGUUGUUCGCUGCUUCUUCAACAAAAGAAACUCUCGCCCAAUGGAACUCUCGGCUAAGGUGGACAAAGCAAGCCGCGUCUUAUUUCCUUUAACGUUUUUGCUGUAUAACGUUGCAUAUUGGGUGACUUACUUUCACGGCACUAAUGUUUUACCCUACAGAAUAUAA